AAAAACUGCUGACGACCUGCAACCAGUGGGCGACUUUGGAGCUAGGUUUUGACCACCUAGCUCUUUUUUAAAAUGGCUGAGACGAUGACGCUUUGGUUUCUGGUCUUGGUUAGCUUAAAUUCCACAUGGCUUAUCUGGCAUAUAAGGGCCGCCGAAGUCACUUCCGCAAAGAAGUUUUUGUUUCUAGAUCGUCACAGUGCUGAACGCGAUCAGAGUUGGGCCCACCAUAUUCCCAUAAACUUUUAUUCCGUAUUGAACAAGCAGUACUACAGAAGAUUUCGCCGACACGCUGGCAAGAUGGCCCUAUUUGAAGUACAUAAUCGUCUCCAGCACCCAUUCGAAUAUGCUCGAUUUGUCUAAAAAUAAAUGCAUCUAACAUAAA